GCUUGUGGGAAGGCAACAACACCCAGGCUUAGCGAUUCGAUUCAUGCUGUGACGAAGUCGACGAUUCGUGACGAUUGAUGAUUAUAACCCUUCCAACAACAUGCCGUUUUCCUCCUCCUCACCCUCACCCUCCGCGCCCGAGGCGUCUACCACCCCGCUUGCAGAUUAUUUUUGGAUUGCCGGUGUGGAUGGAACAGAGGUGCUCGAGACCUAUCGCAAAUUAGGGGAUGAUUAUAGAGUCAACUGUGCCGCCUCGCCCGGCCCAGCCCUCACGGAUACCAUCGAGGAAGAUGCUGAUGCGGAAGAGGCCCAUGAUCCUCGUUUGGACAGUCUUUCCCGUCCUAUCUCUAUGGCGGGGAAUCGCAACUCAGUUCAACGUGUCUUCACGCGCUCGGGUGAGUCUGAUGCGAACGAGAAUGGCUCCCACAGCAACCGGAGCAGUAUGACAAUAAAAGGAAGCCAAUCUCCUCGUGGUUCAUCUUUCCUCGGAGAUUUCGACUUUGAUAAAGCGCUGUGGAAAUUCGCGUCCGAAAGAGAAUCCUUUUUAUCAGAUCUCAAUGUCAGUGCGGGUGCCAUCACCCCAUCGACGCGUCCGCGGUCUAGGUUACGCACGCAGAAAAUCGUCUCGGAGGAAGGUUCGCAGCCGACAGGCUUGAUUCGAUCUAGCAUCGGCAGCGUACGGCGACACAUGGCUUUUCGGGAUAUGAAUAGUAUGAAGCGGCAACCGUCAAUCGCCCGUCAAGCAUCCAUCAGAACCUCGCGACGCUUAAGCAAUUACAAUUCGGUCAUCCCGGUUCCUCAGCCGCUUGAGAUUUCUCCCACCAUGCACCCCUUAAAGCGGAGAUUCGAACCGGUUCUACUUGAUAGAUACCCCACACAGGGCAUGUCUGACGAGCUGAAACUGCGAGGCAAUUUCCCCGACUAUGUUCCUAUGUUUGCGUUUCCAAACGACAUCAAUAUUGUUUCUUCAGAUCAAAGGCCCCGCUCUACAUGGCACGGUUUCGUUAUGACCACCGACAACGGGUCGCGCUUGCAUGCUAUUUGUCUUAUCAUCUGGAUUCCGCUCAAUCAGAAAGCUGCAGAUGAGCUGGAAAAGCGCUGCGAGGAAUGGCGGAAGGAAAACAUGACGGAUGAGGAACGAGAGCUCGCCGCGAGCCUAGGCGAAAGACUUGCAAGUGAGCGCGCCAAACUCUCCCGACUCCUGGCUCAACUCCCUACCGUCCCGUCAGGGUCCGAGUCGCGGGAACAGUUGGAAGAUGAGAUUAGCGCGGUCGAGGAGAAGAUUGGUCUGAUGACUGACCUUCUGCGACCGGUGCGACAUGGCGCAGCGUCGAAGAUCGAGGGUUUGACUGAUGGCGACACCGGAUUUUGGAUUCCUCGCGCCUAUGGGAUCCUCGGUCGAGAAGAAAAUAUGACAAGCUUUUGGAAAGAGUGGUUGAAGGCUGUCGUGGUUCCGAUGACGGAUGGGGGCGUCCAGCGCAUCCCACCCAGCUCUCCUCGCAUGGGUGUCUGGCAACCAUUGGAACGAUACGUGAUGAAUCUGUGCACAGAGGCGUUCAGUCCGAUUUCAUCCAAAACACAGGUAGAGCUGAAUGUUCGAGAAUUGCGUCUGUUCGCCCGCAAGGAGGCUUCCAACGAGUUGCCGGGCUCUCGCAAUACUGAUAUUUACGCGCUGUUUCGCGCUCUCUCCUUAGCCAAUAUCGUCAUUCUCCUUGAAUAUGCCCUAACUGAGUCGCGCAUCAUUUUCCUCUCAUCUCAUACUUCAAUGCUUUACUUGGCAACAAAGGCGCUGGUUGAUCUUUUAUUCCCCAUUCCGUGGUCAGGAGUAUUGAUUCCAGUGCUUCCCGCCCGUCUGAUCCAGGCUCUUGAGGCGCCUUGCCCUUAUAUAGUGGGUAUCGAACGCCGCUAUGAAAAAGUCGAACUACCAUCUGAUGAUUUUGUACUGGUGGAUCUUGAUGCCAACCUCAUCGAGAGCACGGUCCAGCCCACCCCGUUGCCCCGUCAUCAGCGCCGGAAGCUCCUGUCGUUGUUGCAGCUUGCCGCACCUCAUCACAGCCGAUGCGGAGUGCCGACCGGACCGCCCGCCUAUGCCGUUGAGACGUAUCCAUUCGAUGCUUUCAUGUCGGAAAACUCUUCAAUUUUCACUUCCAAAGCUCAGCCCACGCAACUGGCUAAGUAUGUCAGCUUGAAUUCUAGUGCUUUUGGUCAAAGUUCCGUAACGCCAGGGUCUUAUCAGCCAUUGAUCUUUAACGCCUAUCUUCAUGCUCGAUACGAACAGGCUGUGUCCCGGGGUUAUUCCUCGAAAGGCUCUGACCGACCGGGCACCGGCUCGACGUACAAGACAGGCUCACCACCAUCUCCGAGAGAUAGCUCACCUACAUCGGGCCAUUUCCCGGCUUCUUCUACAGGUCUGGGGUCGCGAAAUGACUCAGGCAGCACUCUACAGGCUUCACUGCGCGAGAAACGCUCCGGUCAUUUUGAUGCAGCAUCCCGACGAAGCUCGUCUUUUGGCAUGGAGAUGCGCCCUGGCGUUCCCCGCCGACCGAGCGCCCCCUUCCUGGGCCACGCGUCAAACUUGUCGGUGACUACCUUGAACACAGACUAUAAUUCCGGGUCAACUUACGCGCCCUCGGUGUAUGCGCAGUCUACGGUUGCUGCAUCCACUAUUGUGCCCACGACUGCGGCACAGCCUGUUCAUAAUGCUGAGGGCACGUGCUGGGUGGAAGGGCACUGCUUGCAGGUACAACCAUGGGACGAAAAAGCUGUUUGUACCAUUUGUGAUGAUCGGGCCGAGGAUGGCAUGUACAGAUGUAGCGCUUGCAAGGUUGUAGUGCAUAGCAGGUGUGCUCUUCAGAUAUGCCUAGUUUGUCCGGCAGCGUUCCAUCCGGAGCAAAUUCGUGCUGCAUUCGUCAGAUGUUUCGCCAGCUUGUUUUACACCUACAAGAAGUUUCUACAGCCCGCUUCCGGAGACAAGAAGAAGGCCGGGCUGACCUAUAGUUUCAACAUGGAAGCCUUUAUGAAGAGUCUACCCGGAGAACAUGCAGAUUACAUAGCGGUACUGCAACAGACGCAAGGCUUUAAUGAGUUCAUUGGCGACAGAGAAAGAGCCAAUCCAAAAUCCCGAGAUCCCAGGAUGGCCCUCUUUGACGAGAUCAUUCUAUCCAAGCGCAACAGGGGUCGCUCAUCGAUCUUCUCCGGCCGCAGUACUACAGACUUCUUAUCUGACACAUCCAAUCAUCUAUGGAGAACAGCCAGUGCUUCCUCCUUUGCAGGCAGCAAUCGGAGCCAAAACACUCUCUCAGGGGAUUAUACACGCGUUGUAAUGCGAGCCCCAGCGAAACUUGAUACCAGUUUGAUGAAAGAACCCCGUAUGGUUCACGGAGCGCCGCGGGUUUCGAAGACGGCAAAUAAUGCGCGCAGAAAACCUCUUCCAAAGCUCAUGAACGGGCUCGCAAUAUCCCCUCCUUGAAGUUACUGCUUCACAUUGUUGGAGUGUCCCUCCCGAAAGACAUGACUGUGUGACGCCAGUCUGCCAAGCAUACCUCCAGAUGCUGGAGAUGUUGCAUACGCGGUUAGACAUGGGAUGAAUGAAGUUUCUUCCCAAUAAGAAGUUGUUUUAAGGGACCUUACUCACUAGUGGGGGGGAAAUUCAUCGGAGACUCGUUGCAUAGUGCCCUUCACUUCAUCUCAGCGACAACUCACGCACAUUCAUAAU